GUAGAAAAUUCCAAGUAUUUUUGAAAACUUUAUAAAUUUGUUGUCGCUUUGGAAGAGAAAAAUCAAAUGUCCCCAAAUGCUGCUAAGAAACGGGCGAUGUCCUCAGCACAAAAGCGGAGAAAGUUGAGGAAGAGUAUUCCUGGCUGCAGGAAACCACCAAAUGCCCUCAGUUCGGCGCUCAUUCGACGCAUUUGCCGCUUGCCGCCAAAGAGGAUGCAGGCCCACCCGAUUGCUGAGGUCAGAUACCUCAAUCCAGAGUUCAGGAAAGUCGAUGAACCUGGCGCUGCCACCUCCGUUUGCACCGUGUGCCAUGAGAUCCAUUCAACCCCUGCAGUCGAGCCCAAUGAGCCGUUGUUGGAGAAAGUUCAGCAGGAAACCCAAACGGAGCCAUGCUGGGGUUGCAGUUGCCACUGCAACUUUUCUGGUGAUCAAUCCAACCUGCAGGGGUCCAAACAAGUGACAGCCAAGACGUCCAAUCGGAUGUCAAGCGAGCAAUAUUAUCAGAAGUCAUCGUCCAGCAGGGAAAUACUCUCAGCCAGCCAGGUGGCAGUCGAAGGACCCUUUCUGGAGCAAGUGGCGCGUGCAGCUCGGCUGUCCUUUAGGUCCAGCCAAACGUCCCAGGAUCAGCCAGUCGCCUUGUCGCACCAAGGAUCUGUGUCCCACCAUCUAGACAGUGCUUUCGAUGGUUUAUCCUGAGGGUUGGGCAGGGUUCCGCUUCUCCAUUCACAUGGUGUCACGUAGACGCUUCGUUUUCUUUGAGUUUUCAGUUACAGGGGCAGCGGCGGCAAUCACCAAAUAAAAAGCCAUCGGACAGUU